AUGGCUCUAGAGAUAGACAUGGAGAACAAUGUUCUACAUAUGCAGGAAAAGGAAAAGGAGUUAGAGAAAUUAAAGGAAAAUUUUCAAGGGAUGAAGGACCAAGGCACAAAUAUAUUGAUGGCUGUUUAUUUAUAUGAAGCAGUAAAAAAUGAUGAUGUUGGCAGGUUCAUUUCUGACUCGGUAGUUUUAACGGAAAGAGAACCCCGUAUUUCUGCCAUUUUCCACCAAGUGAGCGCAUCAGGGAAUUCAGUGCUUCACAAGGCAGCAACUUUUGGAAGCAGAGAGAUAGCUAAGCUCAUCACUGAUCACUUCCCCUUCCUUCUUACGAAGAGAAAUGUUUUAGGUGAUACUGCACUUCACGUCGCAACCAAAGCUAGAAAAUUGAACGUAAUGAAAGUCCUCAUUGAUGCUAAUGUUAAUAACUGUGAAAAGUUAUUACAAAUGAAGAACAAAGAUGGAAACACUGCGCUGCAUGAGGCUGUUAUAGCUCAGUAUGUUGAUGCUGUGAAAUAUUUAUUUCCGCGCCAUAAAGAAGGGUCAUACUAUUUGAAUGAUGGAGGUGAAUCUCCAUUAUGUCGAGCCAUUGAAACUGAAAAUAUAGAAAUUCUUGAACUUCUGUUAGAAGCUCCAUAUGAAAAUGGCGGGCUGAUUGAAAGGCCUCGGAAAGAGUCACCUGUUCAUGCUGCCAUCUUCAUGAAAAGACGAGAUAUGUUGGAAAAAAUAUUCGAGAAGAAUAAACAACUAUUCCACAUAAGAGAUGAAAAGGGGAAGACGCCAUUGCAUUAUGCAGCAUCCAAAGGUUACAUUGAUGGCGUUCGAUUCCUGUUAAUAACAGAAUUUAAACAUGAUGCCUUUGGAAGGAGUAACAACGAUGACUUCCCUAUUCAUGCUGCAUGCAAAAGAGGACAUACAAAGGUAGUCAAAGAGUUUCUUCAACAACAGUGGCUCUAUCCAACAGAAUUACUCAACAAAAAGAGCCAGAAUAUUCUUCAUGUUGCUGCUGAGAAUGGAAAAAACGAUGUGGUAAAAGCCAUACUGAGUGACUCAAAACUUGAGGAGCUUAUAAAUGCAGUAGACGAGAAUGGAAACACUGCUUUGCAUUUGGCGUCACUGAAUCUUCAUUCUAAAGUCAUAUGUUCUCUCACGUGGGAUAAGAGAGUUGAUUUGAAACGCAGAAACAAGGAAGGCCUGACUGCAUUUGAUAUUGCUUCAAGUAUUCGAAACGAUUUGAAAGCUACACAGGACUUAACGCUUUGGGUCUUAAGUUCAGCUGGCACACCCUACAGUGAAAAGGGAAGGAAGAUUAUUAGCUUGAAACGAGAAAGAGAACCACCAAAAUUGGAGCAAAUUAGCUUGAAACGAGAAGGAGAACCACCAAAAUUGGAGCAGUUUCAGAACCUGAUCAACGUAAUUUUGGUGAUAGCAGUGCUAGUGGCCACCGUGACCUUUUCUGCUGCCUUAACUGUUCCGGGUCGUUUCAACCGCUCUGAUGCGGGACAUAGAUUGGCUUUCGAUGUUUUCAUUAUCUGUGAUUCCAUAGCUAUGUAUUUCUCCAUGACAGGGGCUUUCGUCCUCAUAUGGGCAUUAAUAGCCAGUGACAGGGAAAAGUUCGCCAUUAAUUUCGCUUUAAUUGUACUGGUAGUAGCUAUUUUCGCGAUGUCCAUGGCAUUUAUGGCCGUUGUAUACAUAGCCCUGAGUAAUAUUCCUUGGAUUUCGUAUUCUCUUUUGGCUGGGGGAAUCUACUACCUUCUCACUUUCAGCUUCAUUUUCACUUCCUUGAUGUUCCCAAAAUUUAGGACUUCCAAUCGUAUCUUAUAUUUCAUUUGUCACUAUCUCGUUCCAUACAAGCUUUUUUGGGUCCGAAUUUGGGAACGAGUCCCUUUAACAUAAUGUUCUACUGAUGCUUUUAUUCGCCCAACGUUGGGAACAAGUAGAUGAUAGCAAAGCAAGAGUCUCAGCCAGAGAGAGAAGAUUUGCAGGAGGAAGGCCGCAUAAGGGAGGACUAGCUCAUUUCAAAUAUACAUAAUGGUCGUUCAUAUAUAUUGUGAUCAAUCUCAAGCCACUCCUCAAAUAAUAAAAGCUUCUGGGACUUCUCAAAUAUGGAAGGGUUGUGAUUGUAAUAAGAUGUUUGGACAUUAACAAGCAUCAUAUCCUAUGGAUUGUAAUAUUUUAGAUGUUUGGACUUUACCAAGCACCAUUUCCUAUAGUAGAAGGUAUUUUUAUGAUAACAUGUAAAUGAGAGUGGGGUAAGUUAUACGACAUACAACA